UCGUCCUCACGUUUUGAAAGAUUUUUGCCACAGUGCUGACUAUUUGUGAGCGAGUGAUGAGCCAGUGCGUCAGAAACAGACUUUUAGGUUAAAGUAGCUCCAGUUCCUUGGUGGAGUACCCAGCACAGCGAGUAUAUUCUUCUCAGGGGUGUCGAAAGUAAAUAUAAACGGCUUGCAGCUGCACAAGAUGGCCUCGUUGGGUUCCGCCCGCUGGUCCGGGAUGUGUUUCCUCGUCAAUUGGUUCGCCAGCACUUCGUCCUUGUUUACUUGUGUCCGCCUUGCUGCGUUGAUUUUUCCUCUCUACUGUUGCGCACCAGGAGAAGAUGUUGCAGCAAUGCAUGCGUUCUCCGAUCAUGAAACAGAAUCAGAAAGAACAAGAACUACUUCGUCUACUUCUCGUGUCGCGUAUUUGUACCCGACUCCGAUCGAGAUCGUCAAUGUGACUGAGCUGUUGCCGGUGCAACUAGACGAGCAGCCGCAACAGCAGACUGGUCUUCAGCGGCCAAGCACCAACAACACUGACGCAUCUACAACGUCGCAGCGAAAUCAUGAACAACCACCUGACCACGACGUCGGCCGCGCGACUCUGUUCAACCAGAAAAUCACAAAAGCAGCAGUCCGGGAAUGGCAGCAGCUGAGAGAUUCUAUCCUACCCGCGCUGAGGAAACGGCAUCACCGAAGACUGGUUUCUACUACAUCAUCUGGAACGACCGCGUCGGCGGGAGGUGGGCAGCAGGAUCAUCAUGACCUAGGAUCUCUGGUGGAGCAAAAGAACUUCCUACUCCAACAGUACGACGACGUCGGGCUGAAUGACGCGUUUUACUUCUAUCAAAAAGCCAUUUUCGAAUACGACGCAGCGAAAGUAGUUGAAAAGAGGAACUUCACGUCGUCGACGACAUCGGUAGGAAAGGCAAGCAGCUUGGAAGACGAAGAAACUUCGCCUCGAAUUAUAUCUGAAGAACAAGGCACAGAUGAACAAGACGACUCAUUGUCAAGCUUGUUGGAUUGGCUCGAAACCGAAGCCGAGCAAGCGGUGCUGGGGGCCGGGACCACAGGAGGUAUCAAUCAAAGGAAGCGAAAGACAUCUUCGCGAGACGCUCUUCAUGUUUCGCCGAUGGAGCUGCAGCUGCACAAAGUGAAGGACCCGUCAAAUGACCGGGCUACAACUUCCACAACUUUUCAGCCCGGCGCUGCCAGUCCCAGUGCUUCCAGCAAGCCUACAUCUUCCUCGCCACCUGCCAACAACAAGUCCACAUCCUGGCCUGCGAUGAAAAAUCUGCCGGAGUAUCAGUGGCUGCGGAAGACAAUCAUUCAACUCGCCAAACGAUACCUGAAACUGCAUGCGAACUACGAUAUCUUCAGGCCAGGUAAUCUUGCUGGUGGUGUGACGGGUCCUCGUCCUGGCAGCGCAACUUCCGCAGAUGAGGCGGGCGAGGAUCCGGAUGCUGGACCUGAAGACGCUGACGUGAGUAUGUUCUCCUGGUUCAGUGUGCACCCGCAAGUAGGGAAGAUGAACAAAAUGCAAACUCUUCGUCCCGAUGGUGAAGCUACAGGAACAAGUACAGCAAGCGAAGCAGUCGGAUGGCACGCCGGACACACACACUCUGGAGAGUACGUUUCGGGUGUGUACUACGUCAGCGCUGAUAAUAACUCCGGGGUCCUCAGGUUCGCCGACCCCCGCGGGGCUUCGCCGCCCUUUGGCCGAGAGGUGCUGCUGCACCCGCGGUCGGGUGAAGUGGUUUUCUUUCCUUCCUGGCUCCAGCAUUCCGCGCUGCCGAGUGUAGCAAGCGGGGACGACGAGAAGCUACUUGCGGAUAUCGAGCGGGAGCAGGAGGUGGAGGACCAGUAUUUAAUGUUUUCCCGCGAGGAGGAGGAGGAGGAGGGGGAGGCCGCUGUAGGGACCGAAGAACAUCAUUCUGAGGCGGGGAAGACCGCAGGAGCUGCGUCCAAAAUCGAACAAGCCAGUCAUCCGACGGGAACAACGCAACAAGCUGCGGAACAAGAUCAAUUUUCUUCCUACAGAGUCGUUCUGGCCUUCAAUAUAGGGCCCAGCAGUGGUGGCAGGAGCAGGUGGUCGGAGGCGGGUCCGGUGCGGGACCAACAGGAGCAGGCUCAAGAAAGCCCAAAAAUACCGUCUCCGCCGUCCUCUUCGCCUCCUGCUACCACGCCUGAGCCAAGGCACUGGUAUUUGGACCCGACGAGCAAAGUCGUGCUGGAACAGGAAAUUCCCAUCGACUUGUUCGAACGCGCAGGGGAAGAAGAUGAUGCUGAAACUCCUCAUCUCGUGGCUUCGCCAGGAGAUGAUGAACACCAGCGCCACCAGCAGCUGCGACAGGACGAGGAGCUUCCUCAUCACGCAGGCACGUAUCGUCCGCAAGGAACUUUCCCCUGCCGGUCUGCUGGUGCUGCUGUGUCAGAGGUGGGCCGAGAAACGUCUAUUGCAGGACAACCUGCGCAUGCGCAAUGGUUUCCUCCUCUUACAGAAGCUCAUGCAGUUAUGGAACUGGUGGUGGCAGGUCGUGGGAAAUCGUCUCGACGUCACGAUGGUAGAAACUAUUUGCAUCUGCAGCUAUUGCUGCAUAAAAUGGAAAUCUUGUUGCCACCAGGCUUGCCAGGUGGACCACACGCUCAGCGUUUGUGUAGAAGUUCCACCGUGACAGCUUUUUGCCGAGACUUUCCUACGUACGUCUUCCACUUCCAUAGCACUAUGGAACACCGACCAGCCACUCGCGCAUCUACGGCAGCCGGUCGUCUUGAAGCGGUGAUAUGUUCUUGCCGUCAAUAUUUUUCACAUCGACGUCGAUUGGUGGUGCCGGAAGGAAAUCCCACGAUCAGAGGUAGAUGACCGCAGGAGCAACAGCUUCAACAACAUCGGACGCUGGUGCUGGACAACGAAUUUCAACUUUACCAUGCGUCGACGUGCUCCUUGUGUCGAGUAUACAGGUCCCCGGACAGGACUCAAGUUGUCAAAUUGCUGCAACGAGGACGAGCAAGAAUCGUGGACCUACUUCUGACGUGAAACGGCAACUCUUGCAGCAGAAAUCUGAUCAUAUCGCAGUGCUGGCAACGAAAUCCUUAUUUCAAAUGAGCAGUAAUUUCGUCAAAAUGAAGGAAAAUCGCGGAUCUAUUUGUUCCAACAAGUCGUGUC